UAUGGAUAGAGAACGUGACGCAUUCUAGUUCUUUUGGUUGUGAUCAGAUCAGCGAAGAGAUUUCUAGUCGAGAUCGUUUGAUUCGAAAGGUGUUCGAAGAUGCAGGGUGUUAGGAAUGCCACCGCCGCAGUGCAGGAGAAGACCGGCAACGCGAUGGCCAAGGCCGGGGAGAAGAUGGAUUCGGCUAAGGCCUCGGGCACCGAGAAGGCUGAAAAGGUGACCGCGCACAACAAGGCCGAGAAGCACGAGGCCAAGGAGAGGAAGCACAUGAAGGAGGCGGAGGCGGCGGGACACCUCCACGAGAAGCAGGCGGAGAACAUCGCCAAGGCGGAGGAGAAGAAGCACGGGAUUGGGCACCACGAUACGGGGCUCGGCCACACCACCGGCACACACAAUCCUCUGUCGACCGGCACCGGUCAUACUGGCACGGGGACUCAUACUGGCACACACACCGGCACACACAACCCCCUGUCGGGCGCCACCGGUCAUACUGGCACGGGGACUCACACCGGCACACACAACCCCCUGUCGGCCGCCACCGGCCAUACUGGCACGGGCACCCACACCGGCACCGGCCAUACUGGCACGGGAGCUCACGUCCCCGGCACCCACACCGGUACUCACACCGGGCUUUGAAUUGAAAGUUGGAGGGACCUUCCUUACCUGUGUGAAUUACAUUGCUGAAAAUGUUAUCUUUAAAACCUUUGUUGGAAGUUAAUUGAUAAUUAUCUGUAUCA